AUGCCGCAACCACCUAAAAAAUUAACCCCAUAUCAAUUUAAAGAAGGUUUACAUUAUGAUGCUCCGGUAGAAGAAGAAAGACCUCAGAUAGUGGUAUUAAAAGAAGGAAGACAUUUGAGUGAACGAGAAGUAAAAGAUUAUAUUGAUACAAAGUCAUCAUCAUCAUCAGGAAUAGAAAAAUUGAAUAAAAAAAGGGAUCAAGAUAAAGAAACUGGAAAAAUUCUUUUCAGAAAACCAAAAACCAAAUCAAAAAAAUCUUUCGGAAAUUAUUCAAAUAGGAAGAAUAAUAGUAAAACUAAUGAAUCUAUAAAAUCACUCAAUGAAACCAUUGAAGGAAUGAAAGGAAAAAGAAAAAAUAUUGAUAUGGAUAAUAAAAAUGUCAAAGCAGAUAAAACAGAUAAUAAUAAUAAUAAUAAUAAGAUAAAUUCUCCGGAUCAUAAAAAAAAAUCUAAAUUGAAAAAGAAAGCUAAAACGAACAUUCUACUACGUCGUGUCGUCACAUAUCUAAAUAAGAUGGCAUUUUCAUUUAUAAAUCAUUUAAAUAAAAAGCGCGUAGUUCUUGCUUCAGGUUCACCACGUCGAAAAGAAAUUCUUUCUCUCUGGGGAAUAAAAUUUGAAGUAGUUCAAAGUACUUUUUCUGAAAACUUGGAUAAAUCAAAACUUGGUCCUUAUGAUUAUGUCACAGAAACUGCUACUGGAAAAGGUUUAGAAGUUUAUGAGCGUUUAACAGUAAUAAUUGCCGCUGAUACGGUGGUCUUCUUGGAUGAAGAAAUUUUAGAAAAACCCAAAGAUCAAGAUGAUGCUUUUAGAAUGCUUAAAAAGAUGAAUAAUCGGGUUCAUCGAGUAUACACUGGUGUAGCACUAAUUUAUCCUUUGGUAGAACCAGUUUAUCCUGGAUAUGAAUUGGUGACUUUGGUGGAAGAAACGGAAAUUACAUUUAGAAAUAAUAGUGAUGAGAUCUUGUUAGAAUAUAUUAAAAGUGGCGAAUCACUGGAUAAAGCUGGAGCAUAUGGAUACCAAUCACUUGGUUGUUUGCUUGUUAAAAAAAUUAAUGGAUGUUAUUAUAAUGGAGUUGGAUUGCCAACAAGUCUUUUCACAAAAUUGGAAGAACUUUUUAGAAAAGGAGAUAUCUAA